UCAGGUGGGCAGUCUCCGAAUUCAGUCCGUGUUCAGCUGAGUGCGGUAGCGGGUCUCAAGAGCGUACUGUGCAGUGUGUUCGCAGCGAAAGGUGGGACGAUGUCACCAAAGAGGUAGAAGUUGAAGACCAUCUAUGCUCAUUGCCGAUGCCAGAUGAAACACGGUCCUGUAACACUCACAUGUGCACGGGAUACUGGGCUAAAGGAGAAUGGUCAGAGUGUUCGAAAACUUGCGGGGCUGGAAUCCAGACCCGAGAAGUAAAAUGUGAGAGCUCUCUGUGGCAGCAGAAACGUGUACAAAUAGCCCCAGCACAGUGCCCAGGAACUAAGCCAGAAUCAUCACGUCAGUGUCACGUGACAGACUGCAUAGAUAGCUCCCAGCUGCCCUCGAUUGUGUCUGAGAAUUAUACUUUGAUACAGCUACACAAAGCUAAAAAGAUUAAAGUCAACAUUGGAGGACAGGUGAAUCUCUUCCCUGGUCAGACGGUGAUUGUCCGGUGCCCAGUCAGAAAAUACGACAAACAUUUGGUCUACUGGAGUAGAGGAUAUAAACUCGUGAAAUUCAUGGGUCGUGUCCGCUUCACCAGUAAAGGUCUUCACAUUGACGAGGCUAACCCCAGUGAAGACGCGGGUGUUUACACUUGUUUCGCUGGAGACUUGUCUGCAACAGUCACUGUUGGUUUUAUUGAUGAAGAUGAUGGUAUGACAAAAGUGUAUAAAAGAUGGAUUAAAAAAUCCAAAGAAGAAUACAAACUUAACAACGCAAAGCACAGCAAUAACGGACACUACAGCGACAACGUGUUGUCACCUUCUUCAAGUUUGGGAGCUGACGAGCAGAGACAACAGAGAGACCAAAGUAGAAACUCUAGUAACGUGUUGAUGUACGUCGUCCAGGACUGGACACCGUGCAACGCAACCUGCCAGUCUGUAGGCUACCAAGAACGGAACGUUACCUGCUCACACGUGACACCAAAGUUUGUGAAGAUUGUGGCAAACUCCGAGUGCCAGAACGCAGGUUUGAAGAACCCUGACGUUAUAAGAGAAUGCAAAACCACAGAGACUAGCUGUGCUGUGUGGCGGACCGGACCUUGGUCCCAGUGUCGUCCAAGUUGCGGACAGGUGGGCUACAAGAGCCGAAUACUGAGCUGUGUGUGGCAAUCCUCAGGAGAACCGGCGGGGCCACGCUGUGAUCUGGCCAGCCAGCCAGAAGCAAUCAAGCCAUGCCAAACAAGACCUUGUCCUUUGGAAUGCACAGAUUCGUCCAGAUACUGCAGUCUGACCAAAAUGCUCAAGUUGUGUAGAUAUCAUAAUUUUAAGGCGCAAUGCUGUCAGACUUGUAAUGCACAUCCCAAGGUGCCAGUUUACAAUUUUUCUCCAGUUAUUGUCUGA